UAAUAUUAUCUCAUCAUUUUACUUGUUUUUUUUGGGGGGUUAUUGGUUAUACUACGUGUGGGGUAUUUGCUCAUAGUGUUAAUGGGUUGACGAAAGCAUGAUUCUUUUUUCUUCUGUGGUUAUUUGAUUUCGGAAACCUGACUCAUUCUCUCUGUUUCAAGAACAGAGGAUCCACCAUGGCCUGUAGUAGUACUUAGCUCUUCCUUUAUAAAACGGUUUACUUACAGAUCUGUGUCUAACAAAAAACGGUUUACUGAUGAUAUUCACCUUCAAUUCUAGAGUUGGGUUCUAGGGUUUUAUCCCCGAUCUCACUUUCUUCUUAGUCCUCUGUUGCUCAGCAUUAAGACUUUUUUUUAUUCGGCUUGUAAUCUUGGGUUUAAAACUCAUGACUGUCUCAUUAAUCAUAUGGUAAAAAUAUGCUAAUCCCAAUCUAGUCCAUCACAAUCAGAAAGAAAUUAAAAGUUUUUGGGUGUUUUCGUUAAUUUAGUAUAGUUGUAGGCCAUCCUGGGUAAAAGAAUAGAAAAGUCCUCAAGUCCUUAAGACAGUUGGAUUCAAUUCAAGUCUUCGAGUUAAAUCAUCUGUUUUGACACUCUAGAAAUCUGAAUUAGAGUAGCAUUAACCCCUUAAAAAUUGUAGUUAACCUUUCACGCCAUGUGCAUUACAAAACCCUAAUUGUAUCCUUUCUUUCAUAAAACUAACUAAAUGUACCUUCCCUAAGGAAAAGGGCACUUGUAAGUUGUAACUGCUGAGUGUAGACAUAAUUUAUGUCACAUAAAGACCACAAAUUGUAAUGAUACGAAUGUUAGAGUCCCCACUAAAGUUAAUGCUUGGGACCAAGAGAUUAAAAUGGUUCAAUUCUCGUGUCUUGCCUUCACUACUUUUGCUUUUUUAUUGGUUUCAUCGUAUUUUUUCUCCUUUUGUAUACACUAUACAGAUAAUUUAAUUACCGUGCCUGAUAAAUGUGAGCUCACGAGAAACGCGAGAGUUGAAAAUAUUAGUUUGAGAUGAUAUUAUUUGUCUAGAUUACAAAUUCUUGAGAGAAUGAAUGGUCCAAAAAUGUACGUAAAAGAUGAAAUAUCUAUUGUUGUUAUUAAGGGACCAACGAAUUGUAAUACAUCAUUUUUAUUUUCUGACACAAUUUUCUUAAAUUCCGUAAUUAUUCCCUUUUUUCUCAAUUAAUAAUGAACUAACUUUCUUGUUCUACCGGAAUCCUUUUUUUCCAAGGCUUGGUAAUUAACGGCGACUUUGAGACUCCACCGUCAAACGGCUUCCCUGAUGACGCAAUCAUCGAGGACUCCUCCGAGAUACCGAGCUGGCGAUCCGAUGGCACGGUGGAGCUAAUCAAAUCCGGUCAAAAGCAAGGCGGGAUGAUCUUGAUCGUGCCCGAGGGUCGUCACGCCGUCAGAUUAGGAAACGAUGCAGAAAUCAGCCAAGAACUUCCCGUAGAGAAAGGCUCUAUCUACUCUGUCACGUUCAGUGCCGCCCGCACAUGUGCACAGCUCGAGUCGCUGAAUGUGUCAGUGGCUUCCAAUGAACCCAUAGCAUCACAGACCAUUGACUUGCAAACGGUCUACAGCGUUCAAGGGUGGGAUCCAUAUGCAUGGGCGUUUGAAGCAGUGGUUGAUCGCGUCCGGUUGGUUUUUAGGAACCCUGGCAUGGAGGAUGAUCCUACUUGUGGACCUAUCAUUGACGACAUCGCCGUUAAGAAGCUCUUUACUCCUGAUAAAACCAAAGGCAAUGCAGUGAUUAAUGGAGAUUUUGAAGAAGGUCCAUGGAUGUUCAGGAACACGACAUUAGGUGUUCUUCUUCCGACAAACCUCGACGAAGAAAUAUCGUCUCUUCCCGGAUGGACCGUCGAAUCAAACCGAGCGGUCCGGUUUAUUGACUCAGACCAUUUCUCGGUCCCUGAGGGAAAGCGAGCUUUGGAGCUUCUAUCGGGCAAAGAAGGCAUAAUUUCUCAAAUGGUUGAGACAAAGGCGAACAUUCCGUACAAGCUGUCUUUCUCAUUGGGACACGCAGGGGACAAGUGUAAGGAACCUUUGGCCGUAAUGGCUUUUGCCGGAGAUCAAGCACAGAACUUUCAUUAUAUGGCGCAGGCGAACUCUAGUUUCGAAAGAUCGGAGUUGAACUUCACGGCGAAAGCUGAACGAACGAGGAUCGCCUUCUACAGCAUUUAUUACAAUACGAGGACGGACGACAUGAGUUCACUGUGUGGACCUGUGAUUGAUGACGUUAAGGUUUGGUUCUCCGGGUCUAGUAGAAUUGGAUUUGGUUUUCCAGUUUUUAUUCUUCUUUCAUUGGUUUUCAUCUAGAUUGUUCCUGUUCAGAAAAUGUAUUGAUACCUAGACCGGGAAAUUAUACGGGAUUCCAAUGUUGUAUGGCUAUGUAUCGGUUCAAGCUACUAGAAAUGAAUGGGUAUUUAUGCAAUUCAUGGUCGUUUAGAGCA